AUGGUCGCGUUUCUGCAGAAAGAAGCAGUAGCAGCCGGAGACAAAUGUCAGGUGCCCAUUGCACUGGCCAGUUUUGAAGAAGCAGCACGCCAGCACAGUAACCCUUUAAAGAGCCUUUGUUUGAUGAAUGACUCAUGCGUUCCGAAUUUGGGAUGCUUGUCUUGUCCUCCGUGGCGCUCAGAUAGUCUGGACAAGGUGCACAAUGCAUCACAAGUGUUGCUUCAAGCAACAGGUUAUACCUCACCUUUGUAA